AAUUUCGUGAGCUUAUGCUGUAUAGCUCUCUGUACAGCGCAAGACAAUAUAAUUUGGGGUUUACACUCCAGAGGGUGUGGGCACUUGAGUGCAGGGCAAUCCCUGAGCUGUCUUCCCACACAGACUCUGUAUGAUGCUACAGCUGGGAGUGUCCCUACCUGUGUGUAAGCAGCAGGACACGGUGAGGGAGCCCAGGCUGGUGGAACGGGCAGGCUCAGUGGAAGCCCAGUACAUCAGGUGGCACCCUAGAAGAGGGGACAACCCAUCAGACAUGAGGAAAACCCCCUAGCAUUUAGAAUUAAAAAUUAAUAUAGUAAUAUAAACAGGAAGUGUUGUACCAGAACUACUGUGAGAUGUGAUUGCUGAAGCUUCCAGUAACUUCAAUGAUUCUUACUAAACCUAUGCACAAUUAUAUCCAUCCAGUAGUAACAAAUGUAAAUGAUGAAGACAUGCUAAAAGUAAGAAAUGCAUUUUACAAAAUAAACAAGUUAAAGGAGCAAAACCACAUUUACAGUGCAUCAUAAGAAAAAGGCAAUCCAAUUCAGGCCAUCAGAACAGCAGCUCAAACGCAUUUGGGAAUUGCUGUGAGGCUUUAUGCAAUCAUAGGAACAGAUAAAGGAUUCUUGUAAAUACUACCACCAUGUAUAAAUGUGAAACUGCUCGGACGGGGAGGGAGAAUGCAUGUAACUAUUUCACUGGUCUUCUUGAACAGCUCCAACAUCACCUCCGACAGGGAAGAGCUGCCUUGUCUAGGCACAGGGAUGCACACAGCCUGGGGAAAGGGGUGCUGAGCUGUACCAUCCUGCUAGGGUGAAAAGACGCCUCUGGUCCUCAUCAUCUUAUGUUUGCAACCACUGCAGCUAGCUCGCCUCGCCAGCUGGGGUAACUUAUCCCCUCUACCGUCCGCAGUGCCUCGUUCACAGUCCCGACUGCUUGCCCUUCUCCCCCGACCCCGCGUACAGCAGCGGCAAGGCACCCCAUUCAGCCGAAGUUACUGCGCAGGCUCCAUUGGCGGCCCAAACCAGCUCAGUAACAGCCAAAGCUAAGCAGCGACGUGCGGCGGGCAGCAGAACGUAACGUUACUCCGGCAGCCCCGCUGAGACCACAGCUCCCCGCGGCACGGAGACCACAGCUCCCGGCAGGCAAUGCUCUGUCAUGGGCCCGGCCGGGACUUGUGCCCGUUGCAUGCCGGGACCUGUAGUCUCCGGCGCACGGAUGUGUCACCGUUGUAAUCUCCUCCCCGUGGAAAGGCGCACGGCUGGGGAGUUCUCAUGGCGGGCGGCUCCGUCCCAGUACCGAGCGGAGAGGACGUUAUUUGGCGCUGCCGCGAAGGCUCAACUAAGCUCGGCUCCGCCUUUCACAACUUCCGCGGCGUCGGGAGGCCAUGGAGGAGGGAAGAGGGUAAUUCUGAUUGGCUGAAGAGAAAGCGAGGGGCGGGAAGAAAGACCCUUAACCCCGGCCGCUCUCCAUUUUGAUUGGAUACAGGGCCCGAGGCCGACGUGGAUGCAGGGGUGGAAAGUCCUCUCCUUAUUGGCUGCGGGCCGCAGCGUCUCCCCGGAAGGAAGGGAUAGAUGUUGGGCCCGAGGAGACGUGAGCGCCGGCACGAGCGAAACCCUGGAGACUCCGCGACUGGGCCCCCGCUGGCAGCGUCACGUGGCAGGGCCUGUCUCAGGAACUGUUGGUCUGGGGGCCGUUGGUGAGCGCGCGGGCGCUGGGCGGGGCUGAGCAUGGCGACGGCCCAGGCCCUGGAGAGCCUGCAGGUGGAAGCCAGCUGCUCCAUCUGCCUGGACUACCUGAGUGACCCCGUCACCAUUGACUGUGGCCACAACUUCUGCCGGGGCUGCAUUGCCCGCUGCUGGGAGGAGCUGGAAGGCCACUUCCCGUGCCCUGUCUGCCGCCGGCGCUUCCACCUCCGCUGCUUCCGUACCAACCGCCAGCUGGGCAAUGUGGCUGAGAUUGCCAGGCAGCUCCGUGCCAAGCGCAGCCAGCGCCACCGGCGCCCCCGCCCUGAUGCCGCCAGGGCUCUCUGCCACAAGCACCAGCAGGUCCUCAGUCUCUUCUGCGAGAAGGACCAGGAGGCCGUGUGCCUAGCCUGCCGUAUCUCCUGCCACCACCGUGACCAUGCCGUGGGUUCCCUUGACAGGGCCGCCCUGGCCCAUAAGAAGAAGCUGCGUGCCUACCUGGGUCCCCUGAAGAGGCAGGUAGAAGAUGCUCGUAAAUUCCUCUCCAGCGAGCAGAAGAAGCCGGCUGAGCUGAGGGAGAAAAUUGAGAGCCGGCGGCAGAAAAUUGCAUCCGAGUUUGAGAGGCUGCACCAAUUCCUGCAGGAGGAGCAGCAGGCCGUGCUUCGGCGGCUAGAGGAUGAGGAGAAGGAGAUUCUGCAGAGGCUGAGCGAGAACGCUGCCAAGCUUGCUGACCACAGCACCAGCCUCAGUAAGCUCAUCACAGAGAUUGAGGAGAGGUGCCAGCAACCAGCCAUUGACCUACUGAAGGGCAUCAGGAGCACUCUGAACAGGUGUGAAAACAUAAGGAUCCCCAAGGCCAUCUCCAUUGAACUGAAGAAGGACAGUUGCAGUUUUCCCUUGCAGCACUUUGCCCUGAAGAAAAUGAUAAAGAAAUUCAAAGCAGAUGUGACUCUGGAUCCAAAAACAGCUCAUCCUAAUCUUAUACUGUCCGAAGACCGCAAAAGUGUGAGGUUUGGAGAGGCCAAGCAGGAUCUGCCUGACAAUCCUGAGAGAUUUACUUAUUACCCAUUUGUUCUGGGCUCAGAGGGAUUUGUCUCAGGCAGACAUUACUGGGAGGUGGAGGUGGGAGAUAAGACUCAGUGGACUUUAGGAGUUUGUAGGGACUCUGUGACUAGGAAAGGGAAGAUUACACCCUCACCUGAGGAUGGAUAUUGGAGACUCAGGCUGUGGAAUAAAGAUGUUUACACAGCUCUUACUUCCAGUCCCACACCCCUAUUGUUGAGAGUGAAGCCUAAACGGAUUGGGAUUUUCCUGGAUUAUGAACUGGGAGAGAUUUCAUUUUACAAUCUGAAUGACCAUUCUCACAUCUACACUUUCACUGAAACUUUUACAGAGAAACUCCGCCCUUUUUUCUAUCCCGGAGUCCAUACAACUCCUCUGAUAAUCCGACCAGUUACAGAUUGGGAAUAAUGAAAUCAAGACAUUAAAAAAAUCCUGGUUUUCUAAACUUAUUUUAUUUUAAAGUGGUCAUCUUCACUUCUAGUAAUGGACUGAAGACCUGGUGGUUUAAGGCCAGAAGGGACCAUCAGAUCAUCCAGGCUGAGUUCCUGUACAUCCUAGGCCACCAACUCCACCUAGUACCCACACAUUGAACUUAAAAAAAAAAGUUCAAAACCAUUAGAACAGUUGUGGACCUUCUCACAGUAAUUUCUUUCUACAAACUGAAGGCAUAUUUUCUUUUAACUAAUGGAAGAAUUGGUUUGUUAGCUGCUGGUAGAUAUCCCAUUCUUCUCCAGAGUGGAAGGGAGAGCCUAGGUUAUCAAGGAGUAAAUUGAUACAAGAUGACAUUGUUUGAAAGUUUUAUAAACAACACUGAUGUAUAGAAAGUUACACACGCUUAUGCUAUUAUGGCUUUUUUGUUAGUGGAAUGGUAUAUGUUAACUUUUUUGCUGGGAGUGCAAACUGCAGUUAAAGUUGUAUUUAGGCUUCCAGUAUAAGUUCUUGUUUUCAAAUCUGUCAGCUUGUUUUUUAAUUUAUGAGAGUUUGGGGAUAAAAUGACUGUUUUCUACCCUAAAACAUGGUAUUAGUUUUGGGUGAUUGUAAAAUGGUAUAAUGGGUUUUCAUGUCUUUUACUAAUUCUAGACCAAAUUUGCUCAGUUUAGAAGUUAAUAAAAUGGGUUUUUUUAAAUUGUCAGUCCUGCAAACUCAAUCUCUGGGCACUGACAAUCAAUCUGGGUUCUCUCUUGUUUAGGCAUAAUCAAAUAAAGAUUCUGCAGAUUAAAUUAUAAUCCUAUUACAGAUCCAGUUCAGUUAUCUUUAGGUGGUUUGUAUACAUAUGUAACUGAAGGCAGAAUUUGUUCCUCCAAGUGAAAUGUUAAUAAAACUGUUUCACCACA